AUGCUCCAGUUCCUGCUUAGAUUUACUCUUGGCAACGUGGUGGGAAAGUAUCUGGCUCAGAGCUAUGACAUACCAAACCUGGCUAAAAAACUUGAAGAAAUUGAAAAGGACGUGGACACCAAGAAGAAACCCCCUAGUUCAUGAGGCCGACUCCAGCACUGCCUCCUGGAUAAACUGAUUCUACUGUUCUUGAGGGCCUCCUUUACCAUCUGAACCAAAAGCUUUUGUUUUCAUCUCCA